AUGCUUAUAAAUUUCAAGAAUAUAUGGAAUCGCCUUUUACCCCAUAUUGUACGAACAAAACCAAUGUCUGACUUGUGUGAUAUGUGUCAGAAAAAUAAUGCUGCUGUUUAUAGAAGUGCUAAUUUACCUGAUGUCGUUAAACGAGCUAAACUUAAAAAACAAUUUGAACAUUUAGAAUUGGUUUCUAAGGAAAGAUCUUUAUAUCGAGAUAUGGUUUCACAAUGCAAAAAAUCUGUUGAAAAUUUAACACUUGGUUCAAAUACACAGUGUUCAAGAAAUAUUAAUGUACAUUAUUCAUUUGAUUAUGCACAGCAUGUGCACUAUCCUUCUAACCCUCUACAGCCAGGUCCAAUGUACUUUCUAGUACCAAGAAAAUGUGGAAUAUUUGGUGUUACAUGUGAAGGCAUUCCAUCUCAGGUGAAUUACCUUAUCGAUGAAGGCAUGUGUACAGGAAAAGGAUCAAAUGCUGUCAUUAGUUACUUACAUCAUUUUUUUAACACAUAUGGUUUAGGUGAACAACAUGCCGAGUUGCACUGUGAUAAUUGUAGUGGCCAAAAUAAAAACAAAUUCAUAUGGUAUUUAAUGUGGAGGACUCUACAUAAUUUUCAUUUUUCUAUUACAUUAAAUUUCAUGAUAACAGGACAUACAAAAUUUGGCCCGGACUGGUGUUUUGGUUUACUAAAACAAAACUUUAAACGUACUGAAGUAUCAUCAUUGGCUGAUAUGGUAGAAUGUGUUGAGAAAAGUUCAGUGACUGGUGUAAAUAUUCCACAGUUAGUUGGAGAUGAACAAGGAAAUGUUUUUGUAAAUGUGUAUGAUUGGCAAGAUUUUUUCGCACCAUACUUCAAACAAUUAAAUGGCAUCAAGAAAUUACAUCACAUGAGAUUUGAUAUUAACCAUCCAGGAAUUAUAUUUUGCAAGACAGUAUGUGAUGAAAACGAAGAGGCUAUAAAUCUAUUGAAAGAUGUGUCAGUUCAUCCCCCUUCUGCCUUACCCGAAGUUCAAAAACCACCAGGACUAGAUCUAAAACGACAGUGGUAUUUUUUCAACAAGAUUCGCGAAUAUUGUACUGAGGAAAGCCAAGACACUGUCUGCCCCCUUCCAGUCGAUCAACCAAGUAAUUGUUUAUCUUCUGAAGAUGAGUCAGAAGAUGAAUUGCCACCUGUUGAAAGACACAAUGGAAAAAAGAGAAACUGUAAACUUAGCACUGAUGAUUUAGUGACAUUUUGGAUGAAUUCAAAGAAGUUGAUUGUGCAACAGUAUCAAACAAAGGUUAUAACGUCACAUUAUUGGGCUUUAAAGAUAGAACGUCCACUGCCGUUACCAUAG